UUGGAUGAGAUUCUAUAAUUCCAUUUUCCAGUAGAUUUAGGGUUUGUAACUUAGUAACGUGGCAUAGAAUUAUGAAUAAAAACAGAAAUAUCCUGAAUUGAUGUUUUAUAUUGAUUAAAUUAAGUCGACAUGUAUCAAAUGAAAAAUAUUUUAACUUUUGAAAAUGAAAUAGUACUGCCAAAGUGCAUGUAUCCUUUAAAAAAUCCGAUCGAAGUUUCCGAAAAAGUCAACGAUAUAAAUAUAAGCGAGCAGGUUACAAAGUUUCUUAAGAAAAUGCCAAAUACUCAUCUACUUGAUUUGGAAGAGAGACAAGAUAAACUAUUGCAAAAAUUAGAUAUUCUUUAUGAAAGAAUAAAAACAAUAAGUUCUUUUUGUACAUUGGAAAAUCAACAAGGGCCAAUAAAUAAAUCUGUUGCCUAUGAUAAGCCAGAUGAUAUUGUGUUAAUUUUAAAUGUUGAAACUUUACCAUGGUUUUUAAAUAUAUUUUUGAAAACUGUUAGCUCAAUCAAUGUUUCUUGGCACAUUUUAUCUACUGUACCUCCAGGGAAAGCAAAAAAAAUCAAGGAUUUCUUUAUAAAAUUUCAAGAAUUGUAUCAAUUGAAAAAAGAUGCCAAAAUUAACUUCAGGCUUAUAUUUAAACAUAUGGCUAAGCCACAAAUGAAAUUGUCAUCUCUAAGUUUACCAAUUCGCGGCACAGUAAGCAUUAUAAGAUACUUAUGCCUUAUUUAUAAGGACAUUGUUCCUUAUGAAUAUAACAAUCAGGAAGUUGAUGAAUUGUUAGAUAUUUUCAACCAAAUUGAAUUUACCUCUGACGAAAAUAGGCAAACCAUAAUUUCUAAAUUAUUUUUGUACUGUGACACUUGGAUUCUUAAUGAUAAUUUCUCAAUUGUCGAUUUAGCAGCUUUUAACAUAAUCAAACUGAUGCCGAAUGGUUAUAAAUUUGUUACAAAAAAAUGGUUACAGGAUUGUGAAAAUUUAAUUUUUUAAAUUAAUAAAAAGUGUAACCUCUGCUAAAUGUCUGUUAACAUAUGAAUACAUAAUGUUUUACAUAAUAUAAGGCUACACUAUAAACAUAAGGCUAGUUUACAAUAUAAAAGACUAUAACAGCAUCAGUCUCGCUGCCCAUAGGGUGAUGAUUAAUAUAAAUUGGGAUGCCGCAUAAAAUACUCUGUCUCGUAAUCAGGUUUUAUGGACCGCAUUAUCUUUUCUGCGCUAUUUGUAAACUCAACUACAAAAUGUAUAAAGUGGCAAUGCAUGCAAUGCAACACAUGUGGCAUUAGCUUUUAUAACAAUAAAUGAAAAUAAAAAAAAGCAUAAUUACUUAUAUAUAUUAUAAGUAUAUACUUAAAUGGUUUUUUUUUCAUGCUAUUAUUUUAGUAAGAUAAAAUUCAUUGAUAAAAAUAACUGCAUACGAAUUACAUUAGAAUACCGCACAUACUUAUUAUUAUCCUGUGGGCAGUGAUUAGUGUAUAUUUGAUAUAACUAUAAUUUAUACAUCGCACACACUGUUUAAAACAAUAAAACUAUGUAGAUAUCUAGAAAACAUUUUUUAGUGUUAUAUGAUAACUAUUUUGAAAAACGAUUAAUAAUGAAGAAAGGAAUUUUGUCUUAAUCCUUUUAUAUUGUCAUGCAAACGAAAGAAAUCUACAACCUUAUAUAAAAUUAAUUUUUAAUCAUA